GUAAAGCUGUGAUGACCGCGACGACUCAGACGGAGAAUUUUUGGCCAUACGAGCAUCUUUUUUUGGGAGUGUUUCCUUCGUUAGAGAGCGGGGAGAUAAAACCGAGCCCAGAGGCUAGUCCGGCUCCUUUUAAUAUACCUGAUGAGAAAUCGCUACCGACUUCCAUUUACGACACUUUAGACCAUUACAUAGACGUUGCUGUCCGUUCCAGUGAUAAGAACAGCGUACAACACCUCAAAGAACAGCUAGAACUAGUCCACCAACAAUUAUUAUUCGAAAGACAUAGAAGAGAAACACAUGCUUAUAGAAAUCGAAGACUGCUAUCGGACGCCAAGAGCACCCGGUCCUUAGAGGAAUGCAAUUCGGCAUUGAGGGACACCGUCCAACUUCAGCAAAAAGAUCUGGACGACCUCAGAGCCCAGUUGGACAGCUACAGAAAGGAGAGAUCGACCGAGGAUAGGAAAUUGAUUAAAACCAUCAAAUAUUGGGAGAAUCAAUGUAAAACGCUUCAGGACGACUACAAGAGCUUAGAGGAGAAUAACGAACGUUUGCGGGACAAUUUGACGAAUUUUAAGGAGAAACACGCGCAGUCCGAGUCGAACUUAUUGGAAACCCAAGCGGAAUUAAUGGACGCUAUCGCGGAAGCGAACAUCGCGAAACAGCAAGCGCUGAUCGGCGAAAAGGGUAAAAAGGAAUUGGAACAAGUCAAUAAAGAGUUGCUUAUGAUCGGCGAACUUCAGUUGAAAUUCAAAGAACGAUUGGAAGCUCUAGACACCGAUAAAGUAUACCAGGUGGAGCUGGAUGAGUUGAGGAAAAGCUGUUACGAGGAAGUCAGAGUAUUGAACCAGCAACUAGAAAACAAAAUAAUGAAUUUAGAUGCGUAUAGAAAUCGAAUUUUGGAACUGGAACACGCAAUAGGUACCAAGGACGAUCUAAUUUUAUCCCAAAAACAAUUAUUGUGCACCAUCAACGAGGAGAAAUUCGAAAAAUUAGAGGCCGUGGAAAGCAAGUACCAAACGCAGUUGACGAUAAACAGAAGCUUGGAGGAGAAAAUAUUGGAUCUGUGGCAGCGAUUAGAGGCGGGCAAGCGGUUUGUUCAUUCGCCAGAUACGAGUAGUUGCCACGAGGUGAAUGUGACCACUACGGCGGGGUUGAGUCCGCAUUCUUCGCCGUUGUCAGCGUCGUUGGCAUCGUCGGAGGGUAGCACGGCGUUUCAUGAACGGGAGGUAAAGAAUUUGCAGGCUAUAGUAGACCAAAGAGAAACCCCCUCGAAAUCCAAACACGAUGAAUCGGGCGAGUCGUUGCCCGAAACCGAGGGAUGACAAAUUUUUUUUGAGAAAACCGACUGAUUUUUCACAAUUUUUAAUCUAUUUUCGUAUUUAAAUCUCUUCUAAGAGAGACUCAAACAGAAAAGAGAGAGAGAAAGAGGCGUUCGAAAAUUAUCAUUUUUUUUUUUAAAUUUUGUUUUAACAAAAUACUAUGAAAUCGAACUUGAGCUGCUCUAAUUAGACCAAUUAACGCAUGGCGAUUUUUACUUUCUAUAUUUUCGUUGUCUUUUUUAAUUUGUAAUGUCUACGCCAAAAUUGACUUUUAUACUAUUACUUUCGUAAUUUUUUUGUUUUAUUUUCGACAUUUUUAAACUAUAUCAUAGUCGUACGUCAACGUAAACUUCAAUUGUUAUAUAUCAAACUUUACUUCAAUUAUCAUAAAUCAAGGUAAACGUACAACUGCUCCACUUGUAACAUUUUAAAACGGGGAUAUC